AUGCCUGUGAGCAUGUUCAGCAUCGACAAUAUCCUGGCGGCCAGACCUCGCUGCAAGGACUCGGUGCUGCUGCCCCCGAGCGCCGCGCCCGUCGUCUUCCCCAGCCUCCACGGGGACUCGCUCUACGGCAGCGCCUCCGACUACGGCGGAUUUUACUCCCGGGCGGUGGCUCCCGCCUCCGCGCUCCCGCCGGCCGUCACUGGAUCUCGGCUCGGCUACAACAACUACUACUACGGGCAGCUGCAUGUGCCGGCGUCCCCCGUGGGCCCUUCGUGCUGCGGGGCCGUGCCGCCCCUGGGCGCGCAGCAGUGCUCCUGCGUCCCCCCCGCAGGUUACGAGGGCACUGGGUCAGUCCUGAUGUCCCCUGUUCCCCAUCAGAUGUUGCCCUACAUGAACGUGGGCACUUUGUCCCGGACGGAGCUGCAGUUACUGAACCAGCUGCACUGCAGGCGAAAAAGACGGCACCGGACUAUCUUCACUGACGAGCAGCUGGAAGCGCUGGAAAACCUCUUCCAGGAAACGAAAUACCCAGACGUGGGCACGAGGGAACAGCUGGCCAGAAGGGUGCACUUAAGAGAGGAAAAAGUGGAGGUUUGGUUCAAAAACCGCCGGGCGAAGUGGAGGAGGCAAAAGCGAUCGUCUUCGGAGGAAUCAGAAAACGCACAAAAGUGGAAUAAAGCGUCUAAAACGUCGCCGGAGAAGAGGCAAGAGGACGGGAAAAGUGACUUGGACUCUGACAGCUGAUACUUCUAAGUGGGGGGGACAUUUCCCGUGGACUGUCGGAUACGCUCCAGAGGAUGCUACUAAUCUUGCACAAGAUCUGCCUUGUUGGAGGGGGAAAAUAUCUGUAUAUAAUGUACAAUGCCCCGAGCUAAUUCCGUGUAAAUAAAAUGUGUUGCGGAGGUG